GGACAUACGCACAAGAGAACCUCAGUUGUCUGGCAGCCGUCGGAGAGAGAGGACCUACGCCCGCUGCUGCUGUUCGACCCCCCCUACUGUUCCGCUCCACCACCCUGCCCUAGCUCGACAUCUAAAGGGUGUGCGAUUGCUUUUCUUGCCUCAUUAUUGGUGUCGACGCCCACGCCUCCGCCCCUCGCCGCACCCACGCGGGCAGAACAGUGUGACACAAGUGUUUCUAAUUAUCAACCGCCAUGUGAUAUCGCGUCGGAAACCUGGUAGUUGGCGUGGCACGGAACGAAAGGGAAUAAGACAGAGUGAGUGAUGGGCGUGAAUGGCCAAACAGACGUGAGCGAGGGAAUGACUUUUAGUGAUACACAGUGAGCGGCCCUGCACGUGCUGUCCCCCUUCCCCUCAGCACGUCCCCUCGUCCCCCUUACACACCCACUGAGGGGCGUGGAGUGACUUGUUACUCAUUACUCCGUCACUCACUCACAGCUGUGGCGGUGGAGGAGGAUUGUCGAGUGAGGAGAAGUACCGUUGCUAUUGUUCGCUUUCUCUUUCGAUGUCGCUUGAUUAAUGUUGCUCAUUUCAUUCAGAAACUAGAAAAAAAAGACGGAACACUGUGAAAUCUGUGCUGCAUCACGGAGGGAGGAGUGACUACUACGACCACUUCAGUACUGUCUAUGUCUCCGCCUUCCACAGCAGCUAUACGUCAUUAACACUCCGUCGCACAGGUGCGUUCAUCGCCGCCGCCUAUACGAGUAGCUACCUGCAUCGGGCAGAUCCUAGAGGCUAUGUUUAUGGUCGAGGCGAGGCGAGGCGGCCAGUGAACCACCCACCAGUCUGGCAUCCACCCACCACACCAGCCGCGCCCUCACCCGCCCCUGUCUCUCCCUGCCACCAUGACGUCCCCCGCCUCCCUCCGGCCACUCCUCACCCUCCUCAUCCUUCUCACCCUCGUCUUUGGCCGUGCAGUCCCCCUGGAAAUCUUGGAGGUGAGAGUGCCGGAGUACAAAGUGAAAGGGUCCAGAGCAGAACUAAAGUGUAUCUACUCCCUGGGCAACGCCACGCUGUACAGCCUCAAGUGGUACAAGGGAGAUAAGCAGUUUUUCCAGUACAUCCCCGCAAACUCGGUUACCAAGAACACCUUCUACGUCAAGGGAGUCAACGUCGAUGUUGAGCGAAGCAGCGAGGCGACGGUGGUGCUGCGGGACGUCGAGUUGGGCACCUCUGGGACAUACAGGUGCGAAGUCAUCACGGAGGCGCCAGUUUUCCACACCAAGUUCGGCGAAGGAAACAUGACAGUAAUAGACCUGCCAGAGAGCGCCCCUGUGUUGGACGGCGCCAAGACCAGUUACCAAUUGGGAGAGCAGGUCACCGUCAACUGCACGUCCCUCUACUCCAAGCCUGCGGCCACGCUUGAAUGGUUCAUUAAUGACGAGCUUGUGCUCCAGUCGCACUACCUCAAGCGGUACUCACCCAGGCGUGAACCGGACGGACUGGAAACGGCCGUGUUGGGUCUUAGCUUCGUCACGUCCCGCAGUCACUUCCCCCACGGCGAGAUGCGGCUCAAGUGCGUCGCCAAGAUCGCCACAGUGUACUUCCAGUCGCAGGAGACUUCAGUGAUCGAGACUGGGUUCCUGCCGCAGACUCAAGCCGAGGAGAGACGUCACUACUUUUUCAGCAGCGGCGCCAGGGUGGGAGGGGAGAGCACGCCCAGCCUGCUGCUGCUGCUGCUGCUACUUGUGGCGGGUGUGGCCGUACCCGCUCCAUUCCUCCACCACUAGACUACUCUUCCUGCUCCUGCUCAUGCCAUCUCCCCGCCGCCACCACUGCCGCCACGCCUGAAUACAAAGCCCAGAAAAAGACUUGCUGGCCGGGCCUCGGGGGGAUCUUCUGAUUGUUUUAUAUAUACAUUAACGUCUAUAUAUGUAAAUUAAUGUCUGUGUAUAUACUACAUUACUACACUUGUAUAAACAUUCCAUGUAGAGACAAUGGAGUAGCAACAGCAUCAGCGGCAGAUUCAGCAGCAGCGCCAGCGGCAAUCAGCAGCAGCAGCAGCAGCAGCGGCAGCAGCAGCAGUAACAGCAGCAAGAGCACCAGCGGGGACGUCCAGUAAAAGAAGCUCUACAUAUCCUAGUCAUGAGCGUCCACGCCGUCCCUUCGUCACCGCCACACGUCUCGCCUCAGAAGAAAAGGCGGCAAAAAUACCAGAAAAUAACCCUGACCCUGAGGACUUAAUUUCACCCUCGGGAGAGAUCAGGGUGGGGCACGCUUCCCACGGCUCCUCUUCUCCCUGUCUCCCCUAAUGUGUUCCCCGCCAGCCAGCGUGUGUGACCUAACGAACAAUGGCGGUGGUGACCUGACCUGUAUUAACAAGUAUGCCCUGACCUCACACGCGUGAGUACAAUAAAAAAAAAGACAAAUAAUAGAAAGUUAAAAGAAGGGGAAAUAAUAAAUCAGAAUACGCUGGCGUGAGUAAUUGGAGAGAUGAAAAUAUUAUGAACGAAGUAAAUGGAAAGAAAUGAACGUAAGAGUGAAUUAAGAGAGAAAAAAAGCGCGAUAUGAGAGGAACUGAGGAGAAAAACAAUUCAAGUAUAAAAUCAAAGCAAACAGAGCUGAGAACAUGAGGCUAAACAAUAGAAAAGAAAAACUGAAAGACAAAGAAAGAAAAAAGGACAAGGAAUAGAAACAAAGUAAUUACUCGUGUGUGUGUGUGUGUGUGUGUGUGUGUGUGUGUGUGUGUGUGUGUGUGUGUGUGUGUGAGUGUGAGUGUGAGUGUGUGUAUGGGAUGUAAAUUCAUAGUUUUCAAAUUUACAGCUAAGUUUAUUUUUCCCCUCUAUCUCGCAAGUCUCUGUUUCAGAAGUGACGAUAAAGAGACAAGGUGAGAGAGGCAGAGAGGCAGAGAGGCAGUGAGGCAGUGAGUGAGUGUGUUGAUGAUCAGUGCUCGGUUAAGUCUCGCUCAGCAGUCCAUGAAUGAGUCCGAAACGCGUCCUUUAUUUGUUCAUUCUCUCCAGUACUGCGAGUGUUUUCCCUGGAGAGAAUCCAAUUGUGCAGUGAUUGAAACAGCAAAGGAGAAGGAUGAGAACGGGGACGAAGAGGAAAAGGACAAGAUGAUAAAUGCGAACGUAACUAAUAACUUCCUUGGCAAAAGAAAAAAAGUAACUACAAUAAUUACAAUAGUUACAAUAUUCCAUGAAAGACAGAACGAGAAGAAAGAAAACGUGGAAGAUAAUGUGAGUAAGUAACAAAGUUUUCAGUGCCAAGAUGGGCAGGAGGAGGAGGAGGAGGAGGAGGAGUCCAUGCUGUGUUAAUGAGUCAGGUGGAAAGUGGAAAGAGUAAGAGAAAAAAAGAGAGAGACGCCUCCAACCCUCAGCCCCAAACAGGAGGGCGACGAGAGAGGAAAGGCGAGUUAAGGAGACACAAAGGGAACAUCGUCUGCAUUCCACGAGCAACACCUAAUGCUGAUAACUUUUGGUGUAAAAGUUUAAUGCUCACCCUUUUUUUGUGUGGACAACGUGGGGUAGACGAGUUUGGGGAGGCAGGCACGAAGGGAGGGAGAGAGAGAGAGAGAGAAAGAGAGAGAGAGAGAGAGAGAGAGAAAGGAAAAGAGGAAGAGGGAAGGGAAUAAGGGAGGAGAGCGAGACAAGACUAAGAGGUGAGACAGAACAGUAGGAGGCGGUGCAGGAGGCACAGUAAAAGAGUGAAGGAGAAAGAUGAGAAGGCGAGACGAGGAUAAGAGGUGCUCAAGGACAGCAGGAGGUAGAUGGAAUACGUGCAAAUUAAUGUGCUAUUUUGGGUUACCUGCUGACGACACGAGUCACAUUACCAGAGCUUAGGAGGCCACGUUACGAGCCCUGUACCCCGUAAGUCCUCUAGCUGAAGGAUAAAGCCUGGCGUCCUUCUACUCCAAGUGUGACUCAGUGAAAGACUAUGAACUCCAGAGGUAUAAAAGCACAGAGCACAGUAGUAGAUCAUCCAGUUGCUUGGCCUCAAACUCAUUACCUCGAGGAAUGGAAGGAAGACAUGGAGUUGUGAAGUCAGUGUAUCUCGAAACGGUGUGUGUAUUAGAGGACACGAAACUUGCUUCUACUGAAUAAGUGGGCCUUUCUUUUUCGUUUCAUGUUGCUCUUAGCCAGCUCUCUCCUUUUAUAUAAAACAGUGAAAUUGAGAAAUUAAAUACAAUGUGAUUUAUAAAUGGGAUGCAGAAAUGGUUUGAAAAAGAAAUAUAUUCGAGAUGAAAAAUUAUUAUAUGUGUAUUCGAGGUAAAAU